AUGGAAGAGAUCAUCCAAAUCAACGAGCUGCCGGUAGCACAGCUUUGGUCCUUGCUCUGCCUGUGCCUCUACGCCACCGCCUUUAAUCCUGGUACUGCUGCUCCGCGCUGCUUGAGGCUGCCCAAAGGACGUGCCCGAACCUUUCCAGAUCUGCCCCUGGCCGUCAUCACGCUGGUGCCCCGUCAUCUUUAUCAGCGUUACCCCCACCUUGCAAUCAAUCUGAGGGACGGUGAAAUCGAUGGCCGGGAGCGGGUGACUUGCAACUUCGCAAAAACUGGAAAGUCUGGCUCCGGGCAGUGGGCAUGCUGGCCAGUGGAGCAUUGCCUUGUCCCUGCGAGGGCCAAGCGUCAGCCUAUGGUCACUUGUACCAACCUCAAGAGCAUCACAUCCAGUGCCCGCUCAACUGCACCCACUGCCCGCACCCACGUCCCCUCAUCUAAACCGCACUACCGCAUAGGCUUUGACAAUGAAAAGGACAUCAAGUUACAGCUUCGCAUGCUGUUGAAUGUAUCCGAUCGAUACUUUGCUGACGCGGAUGACCAUCUCUUUGAAGAGAACGUCACCAUGGUGAGCCGGCACCUCAGUCAGCAUGGUUUGCGCCUGGAGCGUCAUGACCGUUGCUUUCGGGUUCUGCGCCUGACAUCAGAUGGGCACUGGCUUCCUGUGGCCAACCCCAGCCGCCUAGCCCGGCCACGACAAAACCAGCGCCGACGCCCGCGCGCCCAACAGCGAGCCCAACAGCGACAACACCGCCAACCCCCACGCCAACGCCAACGCCAGGGCAUUGCGCGUCACCGGCCCCAGCAGCGCGCUGGAGCUUACCAACCCCAACCUGCCCGCGUGAACCAAGCUGUCGUGGAUGAUGCGGAUCUCAAUGAGAUCUUGCAUGGGCUGUUUAGUGACGAGGCUCAACCGGAUGUCAACCCCAGAGUUGAGAUCGAUCCGCAGGCACGCUUUCUACCUGCGUUGCCGGUGGCUGAACCCCUGCUCUUGGGUAACUUCGAAGGGGCAAACAUGCCCGAACCCAACGCCCUCCCUUUUGGACCCGAUGAUUGGCUGCCGGAUGAUCAAGCCCAUGAUGAUCACGGUGAAAUGGAGAUGGACGAGCUCAUUCAACUACUUCAGGAGAAUAUCUGAAAGCUGGAUCACAAGCAGCUGCUAAAUCAGCUCUGCCUUGGUCUAUUGUGCUCACGCCUCCAGUUCUUGUGAAACAUGAUGUGAUCGGCGUUGUAUCCUCUCGAGGCACUACUUCGCUACUUCGCUACUUCGCUACUUUGCUUUCCCCGUCACCUUUGUUCUUUUUUCUUCUGUUUGUUUCGUUUGUUGGAUUGAUAUCUUUCGCUGCCCCCCCCUGUCAUUUUUGAGAUUCGAGUGUUGUUGAGUUUUAAGAGUGUGAAUAGAGUUGAGUCUGAGAAGCAAGCAUGCUUCUGCUCUCGCGUUUCGUGCAACCCAGCGGGUUGGUCAUCAUAGAUUGCGUGAUUGAAUUUAUAAUUCACCUGUU